AUGCCGGCAACCGUGCCGCCGGCCGACCAUGAUACCGAGAUGAGACCGCCCGCAGACGUGGUGGAUAGUGACCAGGACGCCGAGGGGGAGGAAGAGGAAGAGGGCGCCGACCUAUACCACAUGGACCAACAGCUCCAGGACGCUGUGCACAGGGCAUAUUCGGGGGAAGAGGCCGUGGAAAAGGUCGACCCCGGGGAGGAAGCAGAUGCGGAAGGUGUACCUGAUACCGAGCUACAUCUGGAAGGGGAGAUUGAUGACACCGAGCCUGUGGGUGCUGUCAAGCUGCCAGACGGAGUACCUUCGCCCGGCAAUGAGGACUUGGCGGCGGGUUCUGCCGACGCCGAUCCGGCAUUCGAAAACCAAAGCGACAGCGAUGCCUCGAGCUCGUCGUCAAAUAGUCAUCAGGAGUCCGAUGUGGACGAUGAUUGGGAAGAAGGGAGUAAUGAAAAUGAAGAUGGGGAGGCGGAUAACAACACGACGCGAGGGAACUGCGUGUUUUGUCACCAGGACGAGGAUAACGACCCGAGCGAGGAGUUUGAGGAAUAUUUAUCAUGUACAGUCUGUGGCGAUCACUCACAUCGGCAAUGUGCCCGCGAGCAAGGUGCAUUAGAUGAUGCAGAAGACUCGAGUACUUGGAGAUGUGUUCCGUGCGUGCGCGAGAAUUUGCAACCGGGGGCUCUAGACCCUGGUUCGCAUCAGCGAAAGCUGGGGCCCAAGAACAUGAGCAAAGAGCUUUUACCGGCGCAUGUCGGGGAAGAAGGCUCGGGAUUUCACUCCAUCUUCAAUACUGUAAAUGUCAACGACGACCUUCUGAAUAGCUCACGCUCUCUGCGCAAGCGGAAAGCUUCGUCAGUCGAUGUUCCUGAACAUACUCCAGUGCUUCGGAAGAGACAGCGGCAGUCACUGCGGCCCGAGCGCGCCGAUUCGAGAGACCCGAUGCCCGAGACCUCGGACACGCAGUCUCCUGUUCGCACUCGCUCUCGACGCACGCGCACGGGUGAGAAGGACGCAUGCCGUGUAUUAUUGAAGCAGUUUGGGCGACUAGUUAUGGCGUUUCGUCUCAACGAGGCCAAAGUUUCUAAAAUUCUCAACUCUCGCAGCAGAUCGCAGAUUAAGACUCGGAAAGUUCCCAAACCACCGCCUGUCGUGCAUGAGACCCAGGCUCAUUUCGCACCAAUCACAUCAACCUCCUACGUAUCGCCGUUCUAUUCGUUCAACGAUCGCGAGACCGACGAAUCGAAAUCCAAACCUUACGGUGGGAUUCUAUCAGAAGCUGAUGCGGACACGACCAAGACUCUGCCGAUGCACGCGGACCGCGAAAGAUUUGAAGCCGCGCGUCAAAAAGCUGAGGAGGAGUGGCAACUACGAGCCAUGGAGGCCGAAAGUAGUGGCGAGCCCUUCCAACACGCAUCGCAGAAGGUCUCGGGGCCCCCGUCCAAGAUCAAGUGCAUCAACUUCGGGGGAUACGAGAUUGAAACCUGGUACGCCGCGCCGUAUCCCGAGGAAUACAGCCGCAAUCGAGUUCUGUUCAUCUGCGAGUUCUGUUUGAAAUACAUGAACUCCGACUAUGUCGCCUGGCGCCACAAACUCAAAUGCCCAGCAAAGCAUCCUCCUGGGGAUGAAAUUUACCGCCAUGGUUCCAUCUCCAUCUUCGAAGUGGACGGGCGCAAGAACCCCGUGUAUUGCCAGAACCUCUGUCUGCUUGCCAAGUUAUUCCUCGGGUCCAAAACGCUCUACUAUGACGUUGAACCCUUCCUCUUCUAUGUCAUGACCGAGUAUGAUGACCUGGGUUGUCAUUUUGUGGGCUAUUUCAGCAAAGAGAAACGGCCAAGCUCGGCAAACAACGUUUCCUGCAUUCUCACCUUGCCUAUUCAUCAGCGCAAAGGCUACGGGAAUCUUCUUAUUGACUUCUCGUACCUCCUCACGCGUAUCGAGGGCAAGACGGGCUCACCGGAGAAGCCACUGUCCGAUAUGGGUCUUGUCUCCUAUCGAAACUACUGGCGCCUCAUUCUGUCCUACAAACUGCGUGACCAGACGAAACCACUGAGUAUAGUGGAUCUCUCCGAGCGGACGGGCAUGACGGCGGAUGACAUUGUGUCCGGCCUGGAAGCCUUGCGCGCCCUCGUCCGAGACCCGGUCACGAAGACUUAUGCACUACGUCUCGACUACAACUACUUCGAAGAAUGUAUUCGCAACUGGGAAAGCAAGGGGUAUGUGCAGCUGAAUCCCGACGCGCUGGUGUGGACUCCGUAUGUCAUGGGCCGAAGCAAUCAAUCGCAAUUUGAUCGGGCUCCCCUCCACGCGGUCGCCCCGCGAGAGGGACUGGAGGAAGAAGAGGAUGACGAAGUCGAGGAUGCGAAAGACUCGGGGAAUGACGAAGAGCAGCAAUCCAAGCCGAAUGGCGAGGUCUCGACUCUCGCAGUCAACGGUACCAAGCAGACUGAGCCGGCGGAAAUCUUCACCGAGCCAGCCGGACCUCCGUCAACAAACGCUCUUUCCAACGUUAACGGCUUUCGUCAUGAAAGCACCACUUCUACCGAUCUCAACCCCCCGGCGGAAACAACCCCCGCCAACGACAUUCCUGCCUGGCGAUUUGAGAUCUAUCCGCCUGUUCAAGCGCCCGUGUUGAAACGCCGCCCAGGCCGACCUUUCGGCAGCAAGACCACCUAUGGCAAAGUAACGGUCACACCAACAACGGCCCGGACUAGUGGCCGCAGCACGCCUAAGAGAUCUUCCGUCUUAAGCUCGGCGACCCCGACCGCUAAUCCGUCGAGCGUCAGGCGGGGUCGCAGCGCAAAGCUCGCGGAUUCCCCUGCCACGGAGCAGGUGGACGUCAUCACCAAUGGGGUUGACACCGACCAAGCGCAAGUCUUGGAAGAGAUGACUGCUGGAGAACAACCAGAUCCCGAUUCCAAAUUGGAGCCGGCGCCACCGGUAGUAGAAGCAGGAACCAGUCACACGGAAGGGGGGGAAGAACUAGUCAACACCAAUGGAACCGAGGCAUCAGGCGAUGACGCAGUGGAGAGUACAGGGACUCCCGCGCCCGGUCCCACGACCCCAUCCAAAGGCAAGGGUGCCAAUGGUCAUGCAAAGCUCACCAGAUCUGUGAACCGAAAAUCCAUUGUGGAGCAGCUUGAAAUGGUCAUCCCUGCCGACAGCCCACCAAAUGCCCACCAGACGAAUGGUGUGGACAUCAACCAGGUCGAGUUGAACGGCACGGAUCGCGACGGGGAUGCAGUCAUGGAGGCGUGA